UGCCUUUAGUAAGAGCAUGUCGUCCAUCUUGCCAUUCACUCCACCAGUGGUGAAGAGACUCCUAGGAUGGAAGAAAUCAGCUGGUGGGUCUGGAGGAGCAGGCGGAGGAGAGCAGAAUGGACAGGAAGAAAAGUGGUGUGAGAAAGCAGUGAAAAGUCUGGUGAAGAAGCUAAAGAAAACAGGACGAUUAGAUGAGCUUGAGAAAGCCAUCACCACUCAAAAUUGUAAUACUAAAUGUGUUACUAUACCAAGCACUUGCUCUGAAAUUUGGGGACUGAGUACACCAAAUACGAUAGAUCAGUGGGAUACAACAGGCCUUUACAGCUUCUCUGAACAAACCAGGUCUCUUGAUGGUCGUCUUCAGGUUUCACAUCGAAAAGGAUUGCCACAUGUUAUAUAUUGUCGGUUAUGGCGCUGGCCUGAUCUCCACAGUCAUCAUGAACUGAAGGCAAUUGAAAAUUGUGAAUAUGCUUUUAAUCUAAAAAAGGAUGAAGUAUGUGUAAACCCUUACCACUAUCAGAGAGUUGAGACACCAGUUUUGCCUCCGGUAUUAGUGCCACGGCACACUGAGAUUCUAACAGAGCUACCACCUCUGGAUGAUUAUACCCACUCCAUUCCAGAAAACACUAAUUUCCCAGCAGGAAUUGAGCCACAGAGUAAUUAUAUCCCAGAAACACCACCACCUGGAUAUAUCAGUGAAGAUGGAGAAACAAGUGAUCAACAGUUAAACCAAAGUAUGGACACAGGCUCUCCAGCAGAACUGUCUCCUACUACUCUCUCCCCUGUUAAUCAUAGCUUGGAUUUACAGCCAGUUACUUACUCUGAACCUGCAUUUUGGUGUUCAAUAGCAUAUUAUGAAUUAAAUCAGAGGGUUGGAGAGACCUUCCAUGCGUCACAACCCUCACUCACUGUAGAUGGCUUUACAGAUCCAUCAAAUUCAGAGAGGUUCUGCUUAGGUUUACUCUCCAAUGUUAACCGAAAUGCUACAGUAGAAAUGACAAGAAGACAUAUAGGAAGAGGAGUGCGCUUAUAUUACAUAGGUGGGGAAGUUUUUGCUGAGUGCCUAAGUGAUAGUGCAAUCUUUGUGCAGAGCCCCAACUGUAAUCAGAGAUACGGCUGGCACCCUGCAACAGUGUGUAAAAUUCCACCAGGUUGUAACCUGAAGAUCUUUAACAACCAGGAAUUUGCUGCUCUUCUGGCUCAGUCUGUUAAUCAGGGUUUUGAAGCAGUGUAUCAGCUAACUAGAAUGUGCACCAUAAGAAUGAGUUUUGUGAAAGGGUGGGGAGCAGAAUACCGAAGGCAGACAGUAACAAGUACUCCUUGCUGGAUUGAACUUCAUCUGAAUGGACCUCUACAGUGGUUGGACAAAGUAUUAACUCAGAUGGGAUCCCCUUCAGUGCGCUGCUCAAGCAUGUCAUAAUGCUUCAUCACCAAUCAAGUCCCAUCAAAAGACAUAACAACUCUUCUGUCAUAGUAUUUGUGUAUGGUCCCCAUGGACUGUUUGCUAUCCAAAAAUUCCUGAGAGAAAACAGCACUUGAGGUCUCAUCAGUUAAAGCACCUUGUGGAAUCUGCUUCCUAUAUUUGAAUAUUAGAUGGGAAAAUUAGUGUCUAGAGAUGCCCUCCCAUAAAGGGAGAAGAGAAGAUUUAAAGACUUAAUCAUGUCUUGGUGGGCGUAAGACUGAAUGACCCAAAGGUUUAUUAAUAACAGUAGUAGUUAUGUGUACAGGUAAUGUAUCAUGACCCAGUAUCGCAGUAUUGUGCUGUUCAUACAUUUUUAGUUUGCAUAAGUGAGGCGUGUGUGCGCACACGCGCACUGCUUCUUGAUCUAGGCAAGCCUUUAAGUUACAGUACCUAAUCUGUUAUUCUCAGUUCUCUGUUAUUUUUGUGUCUUUUUAAAUAUAUAAUAUAUAUACAUCAAGAUUUUCAAAUUACCAUUUAGAAGCAGAUUUUCCUUGUAGAAAAACUGAUUUUUUCUGCCUUUUACCAAAAAUAAACUCUUGGGGGAAGAAAAGUGGAUUAACUUUUGAAAUCCUUGACCUUAAUGUGUUCAGUGGGGCUUAACAGUCAUUCUUUUUGUGUUUGUUUACUGCUAAAUUUCAUUGUAAGAAAACCAUAUUGAAAACCUUUCUAAGCCUCUUUCUUGAUCUCCCUUUUGUUCUGAUACCAAAACAGUGCAGCGUGACAUUAUUGCUGGUAAUAAGUGCACUGAUACUGCUGGUACCAGUUAAAUCUGGGUCCAGUAAAAGUUCAUUUGGAGUAAAUCCCUUGUCUUACAACCAGAUUUCAGCAUAUACUAAUUUACUUGUAUGAACUAUUCAUUUAUUGAUUUAACCUUCCACCUCAUAAAAAUGCACAAGUGGCAGUAUAAUUAUUUUCAGGGAUGUGCUAGAAUUCAGUAUAUUUAUCCUUUUUUAAAGCCAAUCUAUAAAUACAAGUACCCUUUUUAAAAAGAUAUUUUAAGAUAUUUCAGCAGCAGAUGUGCUCUUUGAGUAGCUUCAUUUGACUUAGUUACCAGAUUGUAUUAUGAAACGGACCUUUUGUAACUGUAAUUGCUUCUGCAAAAUACCUAGAAAAGAGAUGCUGAGGUAUGAUCAGCAGAUAAGGGCCAUCUGUUUUUAAAGUAUGUUAUAUUCAAUUUAUAAAUUGAAUGUUAUUUACAUAGUUACCAAUUCAGAAUUUUAAAAAUUGGAGAAGCUGUUUAGCAAGUUUUUUUAAGCUUACAAUUACAUGUCUGAGCUAUUCUUAACUUAUCCUAGGUAUGUGGUUGACCAUAUUUUAUGAUGUGCAGUGAGGAGAUUCGAGCACCACUGUUGAUCAUCCAUUCUGCAACAAAUAAUGAUAAUGUUUAAUGUUGACUCACUGCAGUGUAAACAUUUCUUCUUGUUUGCAUCUCAGUAGAAAUGGAAAAUAACCACUCCUGAUCCUUUUUCGUAAAUUUUCACAGUUUUGAAGAUAGAUACCUUUGGUACUUGUUUUUUGAAACCAUAUUCACCUGUAUGUACAGGUAUCAUUUUCAAUACUGUCAGCAUUGGGUUGUUUUUUAUUGGAUACUCCCCAUUUUCCUAUAUUUGUGUGUAUAUGUUUGUGUUCAUGUAAAUUUGGUAUAGUAAUUUUUUAUUCAUUCAGCAAAUAUUUAUUGUUCACCUGUUAUGUGCCAGGAACUUUCUUAACCUUUGGGUAAAGGUGAACAGGACAGCUAUAGCUCCUGCCUCUGCUGAGACAGCAGUUACUCUAACCCUUAAUCAUCUUAUGUGUCUGUGAAGGAGAUAAACAGGGUACUAUGAUAGAGAAUAACAAAUGGGAUGCUUCAGAUAGGACAUCAUCAGAAGGGCCUCUAAGGAAGUGAUGCUGAGUUAACACCUGACCUAGAAGGAGCAAGCCAUGUGAAGAACAGAGUGAAAUAAGCAUUCCUGGUGAAGAGAACGGCAUCAAGUGCAAAGGCACAUUUUAAAGGAAACUCUCUAUUAGGUGGUAAUGCUUUUCUUUAUACAGAAACCUCUCCACAAAUCCAAACUUGAAGAUCAGAAUGGUUCUACAGUUUAUAAAAUGUUGAAGGUGGCCUUAUUUUGUGAUAGACUGCUUUGUGUCAUUCUCACUAAUAUAUCUUCUUCCUCAAAUCUUUGCUACAAAAUUUAUUUGCACCAGGUCAAUACCACUUAAUGUGGUAUAACUACCCAUACUUGUGCAAAUUUUCACCAACAUAGUAACCUGCUUGCUUCCAGACUUCUGCUGCCCACUAAUUAUUACUUCUACUGCCCAGAUUGUGAUUAGAGUAAAUGUCCCAAAUGUUAUCAUGAUGGGGACUGCUGGAGCUAAUCGGUGGAGCCUCUGCACCUCUGUGGAUGUUUACAUACUUGAGAACGUGUAUACUAAUGCUGGGGAAAAGUCCUGGGGGCAAAGAACAACUCUGAAAGCAGUAAAAGGUCCAGGCAGUUAACAUGUUAAAUGAAGCAGUGCCAACAAUGGCAUUUCAGCAGUGGAGCACCCCUCCACAGUUCAGGUGGGACUUUUCUGUACAGUAUGAAACCAGGACCGAACUCUUUGCAAACACUUGUAUUGAGCAGCUGUACCUCUUGAGUAGUUAAUUUCAUCAUGGUGAUGAUUACAUUUAUGUGAAUAUGUUUAAUGAUUAUAUUUGUUUUUAUGAGAUACUGGCUUUUGCAUUAUAUUUUGUCUACUAUGGCCUAAUUUUUGUUGACUUUUUUCCUUUGAAAGGUGGUUUUUAUUCCAAACCAUAAAGUCUCUUCUGUUGAAUUUCAUCUUUAUUUAAAAUUAGUAACAUUAUUUAGAACCUAUCCUGCACAACAAUGUUGUUAUUCUCAGUUUAAUGACCUGAGAACUCGAUGGCUCUGCUGCUGUCCUGGGUCUAAAAUGGUUUUCCCAGUGUCUCAAGUGACACCACAGGGUAGGCUUAGGACAUGGAGGCUGUUGGAGUUCCCACUGAUCUUGGCCCAACCAAUGACAGGUUAUUUUAUUUUAUAUUGGAGCUGUACAUGACAUUUCUUUUGAAAGAAGAGUUUCAUUGAUUUUUUUUUUAAAUAAGCUUUGGAAAGUCUUUAUAAGUGGAUUAGAAAUAUAACUGGAUAUAGGCCAAUCUUUUAGAAUGCCACUAAAUUGUGCUUUUUUUCAUCCUAUUAGAAGAUGCUUUCUUGACUGAACCACACCAGUUGUACUGACUGUACAUUAUUGUAUACAUUUGGUCAAUGAACACUUACUGAUGCCUGUUUACCCAGCCACUGUGAUAGAUGUUGAGUAAUAAAAAGAUAACUAGCUUGGUCCUAGCCCUCAAGUAGGGCUUAGUCCCCUGGGGGGUUACUGUUGCUCUCAGGACCUGUCACUUUGCCGCCAGAAGGAUAUCUGCCUAAUUUUUCUUGAAGGCUACAGAUUCUAAAGGCUAAAGAUCUGUACUCUUACUCUGUAUUCUAAGUAUAUUUUUGCAGAUUAUUUAAUAUCUAGUUAUAUUUUUUACCUUAAACCAUAUACAGUUUUGUUUGAUUCAUCUGUCUUAAGAUUGUCAGAUUUUCCCUUGUUAAAAUUAUUUUAAUUUCACUUUAUUUGUGCCUUCGUUGUCAGUUGCAUCAAGACUAAGACUUUGAACGUGAAAACCAGUCUAGUCUCUUGCUAGUUGAAAUCACAGAAAAGCAUAUACCCAGUUGGUUUCUCUACCUCUUCUAAAAACUGCCCAUAUAUACCUUUAAAAUCUAUCUUUCUUUAAAUUACUAAGUACUUUGAGCAUUUAUUCUGUUAGGCACCCUCUUGGUCCGAGGGUGGGAUGGGUUUAUGGUGGGAUGUAAAGUAACAAAAGACAAUCUUCUCUGUACUUAAAAAUCCCUUUAUGUGCAGUCUUUGCUUUAAAAGCUGAACAUUCCAUUUGCCCCUAGUCAUGCUAUCUCCUCAACUAUCUUUUUAGAUAAUUCAGUCUUUGGACAUGAGCAAGCGAGAUCUUUCCUUUUAUUAUCAACUGAAGCAUUGAUAGUUAAUUAUCACCCAUGUUUUUUUCUUUCAUGUGCUUUACUAAAUCUUUCAUAUUCCUCAACUGGAUUUUAUUCUUCCUCUCAUGCUAACAUGUAUCUAUAUGGUACUUGCUGAUUGCCUUCUCCCCUGUCAAUCAUACUUUAUCUGCAUACAUCAAAAUAUGCCUCUCCUUUGAACUUUAGUAUUACCCAUAAAGGAAGGUGCUUUUUAUAUCCCAGGUCCUCAUUUCUUCACCAGAGAGGUUGAUAUUGUUCAAAUUGGCUUGUUUCAUUAAUCUUACAAGUAUCUCUGAAAUUCUCUGCAGUUUGUUGUCUUUGUGACUGGCAAGUGGCACAUUAUCAGAUCUAUGUAAGUUAUAUUUAAGAUUAUGAACUUUGUGACAGUUGGAGCCAGUGUUUUCUCUGUAAUACUAGCCUUAUUUUAUUAUGGGGCAUAUUUGAUUUUUGUAUUUAGUACAAUCAGGAUGAAAAUGGUAUGCAGUCUCGAGAUAGUGUCAGAAUCCUGCUAUUGAGUUCCAUUUCUAUUUUUCUUUUCAGAUUUUCAUGAAUAUUUUGUUUGUUCAGACUACCUUUUGUGUGGUGAUUGAGGGACAAAUUAUCUUUUGGAGUAGAAUUCCUGUGUUUUGAGCCUCACAACCAGGAAAUGUGAGCUAUAUAAGAUAAGCUCGUGAUAGCCUUUAUGAUAAGAACUUGUCUCAUAUGUUCAUGCAGUUUCUUAAGUUAGGAACUGUUUUAUCUUUGAUACUGUAGCUAACUUUAUAUAUAGCAGAACUGCCUCAAACUUUUUAGCAGGAAAUAUAGUAUAUUAAAUAUGUGUAUAAGUUUAAAUACACAUAUAUACUCAUAAAACCAUGUCAUUUUAGGAAUGGUAAAUCUAUUGUUUAAAUCUCAGAUCUCAAUAAAAUAUUUUUAAUUUGCUUGCCGAUAUUUUCCUUUCAUAGACCAUCAGUGUAAUUUUUAAAAAGUUCUACCAGAGGCAUAAUUUGGCACCAGUUAAUAUGCCAUUUUUAGGCAGCUUGACAAGAAUCACAAGUGGAAUUCAUUAAAAUCAGGUAAAAUUCUGGCAUAUACCCCUUCAUUAAAUUAUUAUACAUCCAAUACAAAGGCCUCUAGAACGUACCAACGUAGGGUUAACUCUUAAAAAAUGCUAGAUUGUGCUUUGCUUAGGAGGUCCCUCUCUGUCCCCAAGUAAGAUAGAUUGCUGCUUCACAUACCUAGAAAGAUCACAUUCUCCUGUAUCUGGAAAUAGCUUGAAGGUGAUGCAGACCUCAUUUUCUUAGCUGGGCUCAAUGGAAAUGGUUUUUCCAAAGUUCCUUGGGCCAUCCAUCCAUGACCCACAGGGGACCUGGCCAGAGUACUUUAACUUAAUGUCAGUAUUAUUUGGCUUGCUACUGUAAGGACCAUAAUGGACCCAAAAUUUCACUAAUGCUUAAGAUGUAAGGAUCCCUUGGAAGAAUAAUGCCACUGGUAUUUUAGGUAAGAAUUGAUUAACUCUACCCAGAGGACUGUCAAAUUUUAAAAAAAAUUUUGAAGAAAAAUGGCUUUCUCCAACCCUCCAACAAAAUAAGACACUCAUCUAAAAUUUCUAGUUUAUUUUGGGGGAUGGGAAUUAAGGAUUUGCUUCCUAUUUCUAAUUAAAAAUAAUAUAUUGAACAAUGAAAUUCAUAAUAUAUUGAUUUAAGACUAAAGUUUUAGAAAUAUAAAAAUACGUAAAUAUUAUGUAUUUCCCAUUUUAUGAUUGACUGUUCUUUCCCUGUGGCUUCAAAGUUCUUGGCUAUUUUACAUAGUUAGUCACUGGGUAACUUGCUACAUUUUUAGUUCUAUAUUGAGUUCUGCCCUUUACAAUGCUAUAGCAUAAAGUUUGUUCUUAGCAUUUUUCUGUAGGAAUAGAAGUCUUGCUACAGUCUCUGUUCUUGCAGUGAAAUUUUCCUUUUUUCAUAAAGUCCCUAAGAAACUAUGUUUGCAGCUUUCAUUAUGCACAUUUGCGGAUUGUUGAAGCUGAAAAGAUGUGGUGAGAAAGGAUAGGGCCCUUUUCUGGUGAAUAUGUAGCCUUGCCUUAAGAAUGUAGUCACUUGUUGGUUUAUAUAACUGAUAUACACAGAUUAAUUUAAAUCAGGAGAAAAAUUAUAUAUGUAGCAAUUAGGUAACAUGCAUGAGUUUUUAAUUAAAAAUAACUAUUUUUUUGGCAAAAUGCAGAACCCAAAUUGGGCAUUUCUUAAACCACUUUUACCUCAGGCUUCAUUUUUGCUUUUAUGACCCUGACUUUUAAGGCAAACGUAUUUGUACAUUUUUAUUAGUGAUAGUGAUGCUAUGGCACUGAACAUUUAUAUAAGAGUAAAACAAGUAAAUCUGUAGAGAUUAAGAUGAAAGCAGUUCUGCAGUCAUUGAACUAGAUCACAUCAUUGUAGGCAAAAAUGUUCAUAUCUGAGAAUAUUUUUGCCAUUCUUUCCCCAAGGCCAGCCCUUCUGUUGGAGCACAGUUAAAAGUAAUUCUGGGCCUUUGUAAAUAUCUCCAUUUGGCAGUCAUCCUUUCAGUAUAUGAAGCAAGAAUGUGGGCAAUAGCUGGCAUUGAAUGUUUCCACCUAAAAAAA